AUGAUUCUCAACCAGGGAAUGUUCGCGGGCUCGGAAGGGUACGUCCUCAAGCCCGACCGCUGCCAACGCGAUAAGGGUGCGGAAGUCACGCUUACCAGCGAUGUUGGAGAGGAGAUUAUGGGAUCAAAUAUCAAGAGCAAGGAACUGGACAGAGUGCCCGUUACGGUGCUGGCGGCGCAGAGCCUUCCCCUUCUUAACCCGCAUGAUGACCCGACCAAGUUCAUACCUUACGUCAAGGGUGUGUUGCACACCGAGCCAGAUGUGCUGACGGCCAUGGUGCGUCAAGAUGCGGACAGAGACCAAGUCCAGCAGAUUAGCUGCAGUGGCCAGACGAGCCAGAGCACUGGCACCAGUCCGGAUUUUGGCGGCGAUGUGAUUGAGUUCCUCAACAUCGAAGACGUUGCUCCCGAGUUAGCCUUCCUAUCGUUCAUCAUCAUGAGCGACGUGGUGGGACUGGAUGUGAUGACUGCGUGGGCAUGUGUCCAUCUGGAUAAGUUGAGACUUGAUCAUCGCUUCGCCAGGUUGCUUGACGAGGACGGUAUGCCGAGCAGAGGAAUCCUCCUGCUCAAGACAGAGAUGGAAGAAGCUGUAGCUGCGUCCAGCACUCAAUUGGACAAUGGCGAUAUCGGGAUUGACCGGUCCCGUGCGGUCGGAACGCUGCGAAAGUCUGCCGUGGGGUGGACGUUUACCGCUGAGAGAGAGGAAAUCUUGGACCUGCAGCCGGCUCCCUUCCGAUACGCGCUUGCUGCCGACUGA